AUGGAGUUCUGCAGAAUUCAUAUACUAGUAUUUGUACCAUUGUUUCUAUUUCCGGUUGAUAAUGGAUGGGGAAUCGAUGGUCAUCUCAUCGUUCGCCAGAUUGCUCAGCCAAGGUCGAGCAAAGCUGCAGCAGAUGCUUUGGAAAACUUAUUGCCAGUCUAUGCAGAUAAUGAUUUGGGGAGCGUUUUGUUCUUAGGCAGACCCUGUCAAGUUCUUCCGUCAACACAGUGUCGUGACACUGCUGCGAACGCUUCGCGAUGCUACAGUCCUUUGGCGCCAACUAUGCUGGGUUUGGUGGGGCGGCGAUUUGGUGAUUGUUUGGUAGACCUGGUGGUUGUGGUCACAAGAAGAGAUGGUGGUGAUGUUGGUUGCGGUGACGGACUUGAUGUUUUUGUUGGUGGGGUGGUGGCUGUGGUCAGUGGCUGA